UCGCCCAGAGUGAGGCCCAGGCAGGAGUCAGCUGCAGCGGAGUGGGGCACCAUGAUGGAGGGGGGCAUGCAGCUGCUGAACCGCGACGGCCACAGCAUCUCGCACAACUCCAAGCGCCACUACCACGACUCGUUCGUGUCCAUGAACAGGAUGCGCCAGCGCAACCUGCUCUGCGACAUCGUGCUGCACGUCUCCAACAAGGAGAUUAAGGCGCACAAGGUGGUGCUGGCCUCCUGCAGUCCCUACUUCCACGCCAUGUUUACAAGUAAGCAUCCCUCCUCUGAGUCCGCACCCCCUGCUACUGAGACUGCUCUUCUGUUCCUCCACGCCCUCACAAGUGUUCACUACUAGUGUUAGUCACCCACUUUGAGCCACCGUCUCCCCCUCUUGACCCUUUUUCUCAUCCACACCUCCUUAUAUUAUUUAAGAUUUAUAUGUUGAAACACAUUGGGUUUGUUUAAAUCAUUAGAAGAACCAUGAACAAAGUGGUGUGACGUGUUUGUGGUGAUUCUUGAUUGUUGCUUGAAUGCUCAGACAUUGAACUGUGGUACAUUUCGCUCAAUGUGUGUGUGUGUGUGUGUGUGUGUGUGUCUGUGUGUGUCAGUGGCACCUCAACUUGUGAGCAAAACCUCAUUUGUUUGCUUCCUUCCUUCCUCACCAGUGACCACUUCCUUCCUCCUCCCUGUUGUCUGUGUGCGUUCUUUCCUGUUGGGGUCAUAGGUCACCAGGUGAGGUGUGUCCCAGUUUUCCUCCUCCCUCCUCCAGCUCAGACUAGAGCCUUGUGAGGGUAUGUCCCUGGAGAGAGGCUUUAAGACUCACCACUAGACUUCUUUUCAACUGACCAUUCUCUAUUAAGUCUGCUGAUAUAGCCAACAAUCUAAUCAAUAUAACCAAAACGCUGGUGUGCGUAUGUGCUGGCUCUUGACCUGCUAAAAUAUGCUUCUUCACUGUGUUUGGCUUAACGCAAGCGCCUCAUAGACCCAGGAAUCGGAAUUACACAAAGAUUGUCUGACAGUCAAAACAAUUAAUCACACAGACACAGAUACAGACAGCUACAAAUGCCAGAAAAUGUCAUAGUGCUAUGAAGUGACUGUCCUAUGAGAAUUUGUGUAUAAUGGGAGGUAUGUGCUUCAUGUCUAUGGCAAUAGAGCAGGGAUCAUCAACUAGAUUAAGCCACGGGUCGAUUUCUUUCUUGAGAGGAUGGUCAGGGGGCCGGAACUUAAUUACUCAUUUUUAGAAUGAAAAUUGACCGCAAGAAGCCCAAAUGGAUAUAACAUUUGACUAAAACGUUAUAAUUUCAAACCUUGCUUACAUUUGCAUGCGAUCACAUAUCUCUCUAUUAUGCGUGGGAAUACUUUGGAACAGAUUUCCAAAAUUAAAAUCACUUGGAGCUGAGUUGCUGGUGUUUUUAGUCUUUUAUGCCCCCCCCCUCCCCCUAGGCCCGUGCGUGGGCUGCCAGUUGGGGAACCCUGCAAUAGAGUAUAUACAACAUUGUACAUACACACACACACACACACACACACACACACACACAAAGUAUUUGAUCCCCUGCUGAUUUUGUAAGUUUGCCCACUGACAAAGAAAUGACCAGUCUAUAAUUUUAAUGGUAGGUUUAUUUGAACAGUGAGAGACAGAAUAACAACAACAAAAAUCCAGAAAAACGCAUGUCAAAAAUGUUAUAAAUUGAUUUGCAUUUUAAUGAGGGAAAUAAGUAUUUGACCCCCUCUCAAUCAGAAAGAUUUCUGGCUCGCAGGUGUCUUUUAUACAGGUAACGAGCUGAGAUUAGGAGCACACCCUUAAAGGGAGUGCUCCUAAUCUCAGUUUGUUACCUGUAUAAAAGACACCUGUCCACAGAAGCAAUCAAUCAAUCAGAUUCCAAACUCUCCACCAUGGCCAAGACCAAAGAGCUCUCCGAGGAUGUCAGGGACAAGAUUGUAGACCUACACAAGGCUGGAAUGGGCUACAAGACCAUCGCCAAGCAGCUUGGUGAGAAGGUGACAACAGUUGGUGCGAUUAUUCGCAAAUGGAAGAAACACAAAAUAACUGUCAAUCUCCCUCGGCCUGGGGCUCCAUGCAAGAUCUCACCUCGUGGAGUUGCAAUGAUCAUGAGAACGGUGAGGAAUCAGCCCAGAACUACACGGGAGGAUCUUGUCAAUGACCUCAAGGCCGCUGGGACCAUAGUCACCAAGAAAACAAUUGGUAACACACUACGCCGUGAAGGACUGAAAUCCUGCAGCGCCCGCAAGGUCCCCCUGCUCAAUAAAGCACAUACACAGGCCCAUCUGAAGUUUGCCAAUGAACAUCUGAAUGAUUCAGAGGAGAACUGGAUGAAAGUGUUGUGGUCCGAUGUUGUUUGGAGGAGGAGGAAUGCUGCCUAUGACCCCAAGAACACCAUCCCCACCGUCAAACAUGGAGGUGGAAACAUUAUGCUUUGGGGGUGUUUUUCUGCUAUGGGGACAGGACAACUUCACCGCAUCAAAGGGACGAUGGAUGGGGCCAUGUACUGUCAAAUCUUGGGUGAGGACCUCCUUCCCUCAGCCAGGGCAUUGAAUAUGAGUCGUGGAUGGGUAUUCCAGCAUGACAAUGACCCAAAACACACGGCCAAGGCAACAAAGGAGUGGCUCAAGAAGAAGCACAUUAAGGUCCUGGAGUGGCCUAGCCAGUCUCCAGACCUUAAUCCCAUAGAAAAUCUGUGGAGGGAGCUGAAGGUUUGAGUUGCCAAACGUCAGGCUCAAAACCGUAAUGACUUGGAGAAGAUCUGCAAAGAGGAGUGGGACAAAAUCCCUCCUGAGAUGUGUGCAAACCUGGUGGCCAACUACAAGAAACGUCUGACCUCUGUGAUUGCCAACAAGGGUUUUGCCACCAAGUACUAAGUCAUGUUUUGCAGAGGGGUCAAAUACUUAUUUCCCUCAUUAAAAUGCAAAUCAAUUUAUAACAUUUUUGACAUGCGUUUUUCUGGAUUUUUUUGUUGUUAUUCUGUCUCUCACUGUUCAAAUAAUCCUACCAUUAAAAUUAUAGACUGAUUAUGUCUUUGUCAGUGGGCAAACGUACAAAAUCAGCAGGGGUUCAAAUACUUUUUUCCCUCACUGUAUAUAAAUGUAAUAUUUCAGUUUUUAAUUUUUUAUAAAUGUGCUAACAUUUCUAAAAACCUGUUUUUGCUUUGUCAUUAUGGGGUAUUGUGUGUAGACAAUUUAAUCCAUUUUAGAAUAUGGCUGCAACGUAACAAAAUGUGGAAAAAGUCAAGGGGUCUGAAUACUUUCAGAAUGCACCGUACACUGCAGAUAGGAAAACUGGAAAACUCUAUUGUCUGUCUGUGGUCAUGCAGAUGAGAUGUCGGAGAGUCGCCAGACCCACGUGACCCUGCAUGACAUUGACCCCCUUGCGUUGGAACAGCUGGUUCAGUAUGCCUACACUGCAGAAAUCGUGGUGGGGGAGGGCAACGUGCAGGUAAGAAGAAAAGAUUACUGCACUUCUCCUUGUCUGCGUCUCAAAUCGCAACCUAUUCCCUACAUAGUGCACUACAUUGGGGCUGUGGUCAAAAUUAGUCAGUAUGUAGGGACUAGGGUGCAAUUUGGGAUGAGCUCCUAAUGUACCAUCAUUUUUCUAAAUGGUAGUCUCAAACAAUCUCUUGAAGCUUGUUAACUUCUCUGACCACUAGCGAAGUAAUAACGUGAAGUUUGUGGAGAGCACGAAAUCUGAAAGGUUUUGAGAAGUAUUUAACUCUUGUUUUAAUAGCUUUGUAUACUCACCUCUCUGGAGCUAAAACAUUUAGUGACCUAAUGUAAAACCGUAUUCCACGAAAACAUACUGAUACUGAUGAUUACAUUACUUCGCCAAAGUAUUUCUUACCUCUGUUCCUAAUCUCUUAUUUAUUGUCACAUCACAUCCCAGUUGUCACAUCCUUUAGCAUCACACCACAAACCAUUUACAUCCUACCCCAUACCAUUCUAUACUAAUCCUCAUAUCCCAUCCCAUAUAAUUCUGCCACAUUCCAUAUUUUCACAUUUAAUAUCACUCCACCCAUGGGCAACUGACUUUGUCUGAAAGUGGGGGUAAAUUUUUUUUUAUACAUAGAAUUAAAAAAAUCCAAUACAUUUGUUUUGAAUGUUUAAAACUGUUUCCUGCAAUUCUACACUGUUUCUUCACAGGGGAAAUCCAUAUUUAUGAACAGAACACAACUAUUUUUUGAGGGGGUUUUACCACAUUAAAGUAUAUUGAAAAUGUGUUUAAAUGACUAGAUUGCUAAUCUACUCCCAACCCUGAAAAUCCCACCCCCAAUAAUGAAUUGACAGGUCUGAAACCCUACCAACGCUGUGACUCUCACAAAUAUCCUGCUCCUCCCCUGACAAUCCCACCCACAGUGAUAGAUUGACAGGUCAAACUGUUAAGAAUGUGGCAAGGGUAAUGCAUGACAAUGAGGAAAUGAAAUUGAAAUGGGAGGAAUAAUAUAGUUUUACCCAAUAAGAAUUAGAAUUUUGUACUUGGUAGGUUAAGAAAAAGCAUUGUUAAGUUGAACAUUACGUUUUCAUGUUAUUUUUGUCACAAAUAAUGUGAUCACAAUAAUGUAAUACAAUUACAAAUGUGCAUUUAAAUUUGUCUUUUAACAAUUUUCUUUCUCAAUAUGACAGUGUUAUCUGGUAGGGCAUUGAACAAGAACGGUCAACUUGAAAAUGCAAACUGGAGUUUUGCCUUUAAAUUUGGUCAUAGAUUAUGUUCACGUAAAAAUAAUAUUGCAAAUGUAUUUAUCAUGAUCACAUUUGCAUUUUUAGCCUUUUUUUUUGGGCAAGUAUUCAGACCCCUUGACCUCUUCCACAUUUUGUUACGUUACAGCCUUAUUCAAAAAUGUAUUAAAUAAAAAAUGUUCCUCAUCAAUCUACACACAAUACCCCAUAAUGACAAAGCGAAAACAGGUUUUUUAUAAAUGUUUGCCAAUUUAUUAAAAAUAAAAAACAGAAAUACCUUAUUUACAUAAGUAUUCAGACCCUUUUCUAUGAGACUCGAAAUUGAGGUGCAUCCUGUUUCCAUUGGUCAUCCUUGAGAUGUUUCUACAACUUCAUUGGAGUCCCCCUGUAGUAAAUUCAAUUGAUUGGACAUGAUUUGGAAAGGCACACACCUGUCUAUAUAAGGUCCAACAGUUGACAGUGCAUGUCAGAGUAAAAACCAAGCCAUGAGGUCAAAGGAAUUGUCCGUAGAGCUCCGAAACAGGAUUGUGUCGAGGCACAGAUCUGGGGAAGGGUACCAAAACAUUUCUGGAGCCUUGAAGGUCCCCAAGAACACAGUGGCAUUCUUAAAUGGAAGAAGUUUGGAACCACCAAGACUCUUUCUAGAGCUAACCGCCCUGCCAAACUGAGCAAUCGGGGGAGAAAGGCCUUGGUCAGGGAGGUGAUGAAGAUCCCGAUGGUCUCAGACCAUGAGAAACAAGAUGGUCUGAUGUCUGGUCUGAUGAAACCAAGAUUUAACUCUUUGGCCUGAAUGCCUAACGUCACGUCUGGAAGACUCUCAGACCAUGAGAAACAAGAUGGUCUGAUGUCUGGUCUGAUGAAACCAAGAUUUAACUCUUUGGCCUGAAUGCCUAACGUCACGUCUGGAGGAAACCUGGCACCAUCCCCAUGGUGGUGGCAGCAUCAUUCUGUGGGGAGGUUUUUCAGCGGCAGGGACUGGGAGACUAGUCAGGAUCAAGGGAAAGAUGAACGGAGCAAAGUACAGAGAGAUCCUUGAUGAAAACCUGCUCCAGAGUGCUCAGGACCUCAGACUGGGGCGAAGGUUCACCUUCCAACAGGACAACGACCCUAAGCACACAGCCAAGACAAUGAAUUUCUGUCACCAAUUGGAUUGAAACCUAGCUACUGUCACCAUGAAAAUGUUUUAAACUUGUCUCAGUAGCAUACAUAUUUGAGGCAACAAGGGUAGAAAUUGCUUAUUUGGUCGAUAUUACUAACCAAGCAAAGCAGAGCUGUUUUAUUUAAGUACAAAUAUCCUGUGCUUUUUCAAUUUGCGCAUACAGACACAGCUUGGCUACAUUGUAACCACGGAGCGGUCAUGGUGCAUUCUCAUAUGGGUCUCAGACAGGCUGUUUACUUUUGUAACUGAAUGAAAACAUUUUAACAAUGUGAUUUAAUCGAUUGAUGUUGGGAAAAUAGAUGGCAAAAAUGCAGAAGGGUGUUAAAUGCCUGUAAACAGCUUGGGGAGAAAAGGUAUUUCACAGAUUUAAUCAUGUAAUAUUAGGCCUACUGAUUAUUUAUCAGUAUCUACUUGUGAGCUACUCAUUGACAGCCCGCGAGCUACCGGACGUGCAGUUUUCUGCAAAGGUGGUAAGCUGAUGGAAGGCUACUCAGAGUCAGUGGGAGAAUCUCAAUUGCAAACUCUCCUCCCCUCUUUCUCAAAACCCAUUGGAGGAGAAGAUUAGAGGUCCCGCCCAUCUGAUCUUCUCCUCCAAUGGAUUUUGUGAAGGAGGCGAGGAGAGCGGACUCCAGCAAUUGAGGUUGUCCCAGAGGCUGUGAUACAGCGAAGCCUAAUCAGACAUGCUCGCGCUCAUCAUGGUUCUUACAGGCAAAGUGAAAUGACAAGCUUUGCUUGUGGUGCACGCUGCUCAAAUGAUAUGUAUCAACACCCUGAGUGCAUCGGAUAUGAAACAAUGAUACAAAUGUAGAAGCACAACAGACUAGAUAAACCAUUUUCUAUUUGCAGGGGCCUUUUCAUUUUAAACACCAGUGGUGCAACUAGUCCUGUCUAACUGCACUGAACCAAAACAGUGGCGCAAGGAGUGAAGCAAAACUUUACAGUGGGCAAAACCCUUCAUCUUGAGGCAACGGUGGGAGGGGGGGGUUGCAAAAUGCAAUAAUAUAUCAAAUGGACAUGUCUAUUUUAAUACAGACUAGCUCAAAACAUUACUAAUCAUUGAAAAUGACAAAUUACCAAAUGGAUCAUGAUACUUUUCUGGUAAGAAAGUGGGGGUGCAAAAUCAUACCUUUGCACCCCUAUUUUGAAAGUGGGAAUGCAGCUGCUACAUUUGCCCCAUUGCUCAGGCGCUUAUGGCUCCACCCGAUCUUCAUCUUUUUCUUCUAGACCUUGCUCCCAGCGGCCAGCCUUCUGCAGCUCAACGGGGUGAGGGACGCCUGCUGUAAGUUCCUCCUCAGCCAGCUGGACCCCUCUAACUGCCUGGGCAUCCGCGGCUUUGCAGACACCCACUCCUGCAGCGACCUACUCAAGUCUGCGCACAAGUACGUCCUGCAGCACUUUGUGGAGGUGUCCAAGACAGAGGAGUUCAUGCUGCUGCCGCUGAAGCAGGUAGGGGGCCAGACAGAAUACUGAACGAGCAUGUCAUAUGCGUUUCUUUACGGAAUUACUUGAUGUGACAUCGGCGACAGCGAUGGGAUCUUAUUUUCGUAAUGUUUUGCAUUGGAGUGGUCAUCAGUAGCUCAAUUGGUAGAGCAUGGCGCUUGUAACGCCAGGGUAGUGGGUUCGAUCCCCGGGACCACCCAUAUGUAAAAAUGUAUGCACACAUGACUGUAAGUCGCUUUGGAUAAAAGCGUCUGCUAAAUGGCAUAUUAUUAUUAUAUUAUUAUUGUUGAAAGUUAUUGUGGCACUUUGGUUUAUGACUUGUGCGCUGAUGUUGGGGACCUGCAAGCUCUAGACACACUAGGAAUAUAAACCUUUUCACCUCUUAAAUAAUCUGGGUGAUCUACAGUGCUAUCCACAGUUGUUGGUAAAGACAAACAAGAUGCUCAGCUGCACUGAGAUAGAUUAGCUUAGCAUUGGUCUCAUCCCUCUCUGACUGUCCCUCUCUCUCUUUCCCCCCUUUUCCUGCAAAAAGAGGAGGACAUCUAGUUAUGUUCUAACCUUUCCUCAACCCCCUCAAGGUCAUUCAUGGAGCAAGCAGCAAAGACAAGAGUGUGUAGUUGCCUUUUCAACACUCAUUUGACGAAGACAUCUCUCCAUCCUCGGCUCCUUGUCAAUCAGUGUCUCUUGUAGUUUUACUCACCAUGCUCUCCCUGACCUUUCUGUCUUGCCAUCUCAGUAUAGCAGUCACUUGUUCAUCAUCUGGACUUGUCCAAUGACAACCUAGUUGAGGGUCAUGACCUGGAAGUGGUAAUUAGGCAGAGCACUGCCACAGAUGGGUCAUGUUCCAGGCCGACUACAUUGCAGAUGUUGCAUUGCAUCGACCAAUGGUUGCAUUGCAUCGACCAAUGGUUGCUUGCCACAUCAUCGACUUCGCAAUCGGGAAUCAGAUUUCUAGUGGGCAAUUCCACGGUAGGAUACGGCGAAAAUAUUUUUGGUAUCCGAUUGUUCUGGCAAUUCUCACAUAGAAACGUUAUUGGGAGGAAGGAUGUUUGACAUGUUUUUUACAUUUCUAGAAAAUCAUGAUGAAAGUGGCCGUUGUAGGCCCUUUUUAGACCUAGAAAUGCCUCCUGUAAGACCCUAUUACAUUUGAGUCAUUUAGCAGACACUCUUAUCCAGAGCGAUUUACAGGAGCAAUUAAGGGUUAAGUGCCUUGCUCAAGCACAACAGACAACAUCUUGGUGUCAUUAUGCUCUGUAUAUUGUGCUCAAACAUAUGUCGAGAUUCUGUCAAAAUACAAUUACAUUUAUUCAACGUAAAAUAUAUCAAUAUCUCAGAAGGACCCUUUUUGAUUUUGUACAUUUUAAAACAUAUUGUAUGUUACAAUAUACUGUACAAGUACAUACAAUUUCCAGAGUGGGCUCUCUGCUAAUUCUGAAGUUAUUAUCAAUUUUAUGAGCACCACCAACACAGGGAAUGGGAAAAUUGAUUAAAAGGGAUCUCCCUCUGCUGGUGAUUGGUUGAAUGUGCAAUCCUAAAGGAGGGUUGUGAUUGGUUAAUGACCUAUAAUGUCAAUUUCUAUGUAUAUAUAAAAUGGCUCAUAGCUUCAAAAUUUGACUUAUUUGAAGAGUAUAUUGUUCAAAACAAUAUGUCUAAAAAUAUGCAAAAUCAAAAAAGGUACUUUUGAGAUAGUUAUAUAAGUAUUUGUAAUGUUGAAUAAGUUAAUGUGAUUUUUUUUUUUCAGAAUCAAGACAUACUCCAUAUUUUAGAGCACAAUAUAUAGUAUAAAGACACCAAGAUGUUGUCUGUAUCAUGUACGAUUCCCGGGUCAUAGCGUCUUACAGGAGGCAUGUAUAGGUCUAAAAAAUGAUCCGAAAAUGAACACUUCCAUCAUGAAGUUCAAAAAAAUUGUUUGUGAUACAAAUGUAAAAAGCAUGUCAAACAUCCUUCCUCCCAAUUAAGUUUAAAUGUGAGAAUUGCCAGAACAAUGUAAGAUACACAACAUUUUUCAGGCUAUCCUGGCAUGGAAUCGCCCUAUAUCAUAAUGGUUAGCUGAUACAUGAAACACCUAUCAAGGCGAUGUGAGAUCUGGCAUGCAUCUGCAAGGUAGUCACCCUGGAACAUGGCCAUGGUGUAUGUGUUGCCAGGAGACUGACAAAUGUAUAGGAAUCAGUGUCCAUGAAAGGUGAAUGGGACCUUUAGCUACCUAGCAUGUGGACAUAUGUGAAUGCGCAUUUAAUCCUUUGGUCAGAGUUGAGGGGUUGGAGUCAAUAGUCUCUUUUAGGGUAUGAGUUGGGGUUAGCAGCGUGCCUUAGGUGUGUUGGUGAACAUAGGUUUUGAGAGACAGUAUCAGAGAGGACAGGUUAAGCUAUGUGACAGCUGUCACAGCACCAGCUGUUUUCCUCCUGACCAAAACAUUACAUUAACUAUUUAAUAGCUCUUUAAUUCUCUUCCAUUUUAAUGUUACUCGCCAAAUUUGCCAUUACCUGUCUUUCAUGAGUGUGCACCAAGAAGAGGCAACAACCCCUCACAGCUUGUGCUUGGGAAAUAAAUUAUCACCUCAACUUUUUGAUAGGGUAACUACGAGAGCGAUGACAUCACUUCCCCUUUAUCUCCUCACCUCAAACAAACCUAUCCCUAUAUGAAUAGGGUGGGUCCCCUCCAUGAGUGUCAACACCAUUAUGAAAUGUAUUGGGCACUAUCCAUUAGCCAAGAGUAAAAUGAGUAGGCGAAGUGACAUCCGAAACAGAGCUGCAGGGCAGCCAGCUGUGACUGCUCUCUCUUUUGCUUUCUCUUUGUAUUCCUCUCUCUCUCUCUCUCUCUGUGUCUCUGUCUCUCUCUCUGUGUCUCUGUCUCCUCUCUCUCUCUCUCUCUCUCUCUCUCUCUGUGUGUCUCUCUCUCUCUCUCUCUGUCUCUCUCUGUGUCUCUGUGUCUCUCUCUCUCUCUGUGUCUCUCUCUCUGUGUGUCUCUGUGUCUCUCUCUCUCUCUCUCUCUCUCUGUGUCUCUCUCUCUCUCUCUCUCUGUGUCUCUCUCUCUCUUCUGUGUCUCUCUCUCUCUGUGUUCCCUCUCUCUCUCUCUAUCUCUCUCUCUCCUCUCUCCUCUCUCUCUCUCUCUGGUCUCUCUCUCUCUCUCUCUCUGUGUCUCUCUCUGUCUCUCUCUCUCUCUCUCUCUCUCUCUCUCUCUGUGUCUCUCUCUCUCUCUCUGUGUCUCUCUCUGUCCUCUCUGUCUCUUACCUGCUCUAAGCGUUUUUGAGCUCACCGAGUCCUUUUAGACACGAGGGACACUGCCAACUGGAGUUUUGACUGGACUUCAUGUCCAUCUACUACACGGUGUUAUCGCUGACGUACACAGACAUUUGGUUUAUACAUGUUUUUAAAUAUACAUGAUAUAUACAUUUCGUGUCUGUUCUUGCUAGCUCUCUCAAACACACUUGUACUGGUACACUUUACAUGUCAGACAUAGACACAAUGUCUGUCUGGCUGUCUAUACCUUUUAUGCCUCUCUGUGUCUGUAGAUAUUGCAGGAGCCUAUGUGUUGUGUUGAGGGUGCUAGAGGAGAGGAGGCUGUUCAUGCUGUACUGUGUGGCUCUCUAGUUCAUGUGGAUUAGCUGAUGCUGUUCCUCUGAGGCUGCUGCUAUUCUAUUGAUCUCAGCUGGCAACUCCUGCCCUGCCCAGCCCCACUCUGGGAGCUGUGUCAGCCUCUCUGCAGUGCACACACACACCGCGCGCCCUGGAAGAGGCACGCACUCGCACACACACACACACACACUAGUGUACACCCACGAACGACAUAGUCACGCUCUAAUAUAGCAGGACACACCCUUGCCCAUUUAGCUUCAGUUAUAUGGGUACAGAGCAGAUAUGAAUACAUACACCACCACAUUGUCUUUGUUGUGCUGAUGUGAAUAUGAUUCUAAACCACACUUUCACCUCAGCUCAUUAUUUCAUUUUUUGGGACAUUUCAGUCAAGCUGACCUUUUUCAAGAUGUUCCAAAAUAAACAUGCCAAGAUAAAUGGGAAUUAAUUCAUGUUUUAAUUUCUUGUCGUGCCAACCUUUGUGACGCAUCCCACAUGGCAUGAGCGUGUCUGUGGGAGUAGCGUCUAUCAUUGACAUAAGAGAAUGGUUAACAGAUGUCAAGAGACUGUUGUGUUUGUAACUCUUGUAUGACAAUACCCCCUUUUUCUCUACUUCUCUCUAUACCUACCCCCUCUCUCUCCCCAACACCUCAUCUCUCACCUCCCCUUCUUUCUCUCUCUCUCCACCCUCUCCUUUUCUCUCUCUUCCACCCCCCCCCCCCCCCCCCUUCCUUCUCUCCCCUGUGUGAAGGUAUUGGACCUGAUCUCCAGUGACAACCUGAACGUGCCGUCGGAAGAGGAGGUAUACCGGGCCGUGCUGAACUGGGUCAAACACGACAUUGACGGGCGCAGGCAGCACGUUCCCUGGGUAAGAUUAGAAAUGCUACUGUGUAGCUCAGUUGGUAUAGCAUGGCACUUACAACGUCAGGAUUGUGGGUUUCAUUCCCGCUGAGGCCACCUAUGCGAAAAUGUAUGCCUGUCACUUUGGAUAAGUGUCUGCCCCUCUCACCUCUCAUUCCCCUCUCUAGCUGAUGAAGUGCGUACGCCUGCCCCUGCUGCGGAGGGAUUUCCUCAUGAGCAACGUGGACACGGAGCAGUUGGUGCGUCACCACUCUGAGUGCAAGGACCUGCUCAUCGAAGCCCUCAAGUACCACCUGAUGCCCGAACAGAGGGGCGUGCUGAGCAACAGCCGCACCCGGCCUCGCCGCUGCGAGGGCGCCAGCCCCGUGCUCUUCGCCGUUGGUCAGUGUGCCCCAGAGGUUACCCACCAGGGUACAUACGCACGUACACACACAUUCACACAUGCGCGUACACAUACCUAUACAAAGUACUUUCUACCUAUAGAGUUCCAUUGUUUAAACAGGGAUCCUGAAUUUGGCCAUUGGUUAAAGGCUAACCGGUUCACAGAUACUGGGCGACAUUCAAAACACAUAACAUUUGAAAUAGAUGGGAUUUGGCAAUUAUCCAAAAUGAGUUUGGAAUAUUACAGCUCGCGACUACCAUGUGUAGAAUAUUUGUGCGUAUUAGAACUGAAAUAGGACCAUCCUCAACACUGGUUGUGCAUGUUGUUAGCUAUGAUGAUGUUGAUUAUGUGGUUGUUGUCUGUAUGUGUUGUGCCCAGGUGGGGGCAGUCUGUUUGCCAUCCACGGCGACUGCGAGGCCUACGACACGCGGACAGACCGCUGGCACAUGGUGGCCUCUAUGUCCACUCGGCGGGCACGGGUGGGCGUGGCGGCCAUCGGAAACAAGUUGUACGCAGUGGGAGGGUAAGAGAUGUCUGACCAACCUUUGACCCCUAGAUAGUCUGGAGUCGGGUAGUAUCGAAGCCAUAACCAAUGUCGUGCUAGCUAGCUAGCUAACUGAAAUAGGACCGUUUAACACUGGUAUGCUAGUGGUAGUUGUGCUAGUUAGCUAGCUAGCUAGUUCGGUUUAGGUUAAAAGUGAGACUAGGAUUAGGGGAGAUUGUCACGAUCGUCAGGGAGAGACCAAGGCGCAGCGUUGAAUGCGAACAUUAUAUAUUUAUUUAGAAUGAUCACACGAUCAAAACAACAACGAUAACGUGACGUCUACAGUAUAACACAAACCAAAUCAGAACAAGAAACCACAAACACAAAGUGAAAGACAGACAGUUAAAUAUGGCUCCCAAUCAGAGACAACCAGCAGACACUCGUUGCCUCUGAUUGGGAGUCACUCAGGCCAACAUAGAAAUACAAACAUAGAAUACACACCCUGGCUCAACAUAAGUGUCCCCAGAGCCAGGGCGUGACAGUCCCCCCCCCUAAAGGCGCGGACUCCGACCGCGCCAACUAAAUACCACAGGGGAGGGACCGGGUGGGCACUCCGCCUUGGCGGCGGAUCCGGCUCCGGGCCUGAUCCCCACUCCCUCUCCAACCCCCCAAAGUACCCCUGGUCCGGUCUGGCCCCGCUGGCCGGAGCUGGACUGCACACUGAUGGAACGGAUUGCUCUAGCUCCGGCGUAACGCAUCUGACCGGUGCCGGACCAGGCACCAGUGGAACAGGCACGGGCCGUGCCGGACCGACGACGCACACCACUGGCUUGGUGUGGGGAACAGGCACGGGCCGUGCUGGACUGACGACGCACACCACUGGCUUGGUGUGGGGAGCAGGAGCGGGCCGGACAGGGCUGACGAAACGCACCACAGACUUGGUGCGGGGAGCAGGAAUGGGCCGGACUGGGCUGGCGACGCGCACCACAGACUUGGUGCGGAGAGCAGGAACGGGCCGGACAGGGCUGACGAAACGCACCACAGACUUGGUGCGGGGAGCAGGAAUGGGCCGAGCCGGGCUGACGAAACGCACCACAGACUUGGUGCGGGGAGCAGGAAUGGGCCGGACUGGGCUGACGAUGCGCACCACAGACUUGGUGCGGAGAGCAGGAACGGGCCGGACAGGGAUGACGAAACGCACCACAGACUUGGUGCGGGGAGCAGGAACAGACCGGACCGUACUGGGGACACACACCACUGGCCCUACACCGGGAUCUGGAACGGGCCGGACCGGACUGGUAACACACCCCAGUACCUCUCGCCGUGCCUCUCCACCUUCCAUCCCCUCUUCGACCAGUGGCCCCCGUAACCUGGCGGCCUCCUCUGCCAACCCGCUGGACCGCUCUAUCGCGGCCUCCUGCUGCCCCGACGUCGUGAGCCCCCCCCUAAAAAUGUUCUGGGGGUCUCUCCUCCCCGUGGGCCAGGCCUCUAUCGUUCUCGCCCAACUCUCGCUCCUCUGUCUCCAACUCCAGCCAUUCUGCUCUUCAUUAGGCUUGACCCAGUCGAAACUCUUCCUCCACUGUUCCCAAGUCCAUCCACUCUGCUCUUUACAAGGCUGGACCCAGUCGAGGUUGCCACGGAGAUCUGCAAGCGAUUCCCCAGGCAAUGGCUCCUGGACACGCUGCUUGGUCCAGUUUUGGUGGUUUCUUCUGUCACGAUCGUCAGGGAGAGACCAAGGCGCAGCGUUGAAUGCGAACAUUAUAUAUUUAUUUAGAAUGAUCACACGAUCAAAACAACAACGAUAACGUGACGUCUACAGUAUAACACAAACCAAAUCAGAACAAGAAACCACAAACACAAAGUGAAAGACAGACAGUUAAAUAUGGCUCCCAAUCAGAGACAACCAGCAGACACUCGUUGCCUCUGAUUGGGAGUCACUCAGGCCAACAUAGAAAUACAAACAUAGAAUACACACCCUGGCUCAACAUAACAGUGUCCCCAGAGCCAGGGCGUGACAGAGAUAGCUUGUUGUAAUCCUAUUUCUUAUUUAACCAAACACAUUGGAUUAUAUUCAAACAUGAGCGUUGCCCUUAAAGUGUAAUUAUUCAAACUCUGACAUUUGAUGCCAAAGCACGUCCCCUCUAUCUGAGAGAGGGAAACAAAACAGAUACCUCUGCUUUUGUACAUCCAGUGAAAGGUAGAACAAAGUAGUAUCUGAUGCACUACUAGUAGUAUCUGUAGUAUCUGAUGCACUACUAGUAGUAUCUGUAGUAUCUGAUGCACUACUAGUAGUAUCUGUAGUAUCUGAUGCACUACUAUCACUGUCUGGAAUGUCAGAGUCUCAUCCAGGUGCUACUAAUGGAAAUAUGCUUUGACAAAUAUGCCCUGUCAAAUAAAUAAACAGAUGAUACAUUAUUUCAAAUCCAUUUUAUUUCAAGAAAGUUUAUUGUAUUUUAAACUGUAAACAAAAUACCGUUGUGAAGAAUCGCUUAACCUUUGAGAUGAGAUAAAAGAAAGAAACCUGAAGAGGUACCAGACACUAGUGGCAGAGCCCAUCCUCCUAUGAUUGGCCUAGGAUGCGUCCCAAAUGGCACCUUAUUCACUACAUAGUGCACUAUCUUUGACCCGAGCCUAGGCCAACCAUAGGAGGAUGGGCUCUGCCACUAGUGUCUGGUACACAACCCCUAAGCCCACUCACUGGCCUCUCUCUGACAUACUCUGUCUCUCCCUCAGGUAUGACGGUACCUCCGAUCUAGCCACCGUGGAGUCCUACGACCCGGUCACCAACUCCUGGCAACCUGAGGUGUCCAUGGGGACGCGGCGGAGCUGUCUGGGUGUGGCGGUGUUGCACGGCCUCCUGUACGCGGCCGGCGGUUACGACGGAGCUUCCUGCCUCAACAGGUACACUUCUGUCGCUGCUCACUAGGCCUGUGUGGUGUAGAGGUUAGUGCUGCUGACCCAUAUGCCAGAGUCGGGAUUGGGUUCAAAUCUAGCCCACUGCCGUUUGACUUGAACUUCUCCUAUCUACCCACUCUGAGGACAUGGACUCUUCCAUAAUAACUUAGGGAUACCCUUAUAAGUGUUAGAAUGUUAACAUGUGCACCUCCAUAAUGUGUUACAAAUAUGAAUGUAGAUCUAGCCCACUGUUUAAAGGGAGACUUUCUUGAAUGUCAGUGAAUAAAUCCGACACUGGUUAUACUGAGAUGAGAUUGUUGUACUCCAUCCAUGUAUGUAAUGAGUGCCCCCUCCACCCCAACAGUACAGAGCGGUACGACCCUCUAACCAGUACCUGGAGCUCCAUCGCUGCCAUGAGCACCCGGAGGAGAUAUGUCCGUGUGGCCACUCUGGGUGAGCAUGUGAUGUCCACCUUGGUGUGAUUAUGUCAUCUAUUGAGCAUGGAUAUAAUGUAGGCUAGAGUGAUUUUCCUAUUGGGCUCCUAGUUAAUAUGGGCCUCAUCAAACAUUUGGGAGCUGUAAUCUAGCAUUUGGAGCUUGUCGUCACAUGGCUCUCUGUCUCUUUUGAUCUUUUUCUUCUGCUCUCUCUCCACCAUCUCUUUGUCACUCUACCAUCUCUCUCUCUCCCUCUCUCUCUUUUCAAUUCAAUUUCAAUUUAAGGGCUUUAUUGGCAUGGGAAACAUAUGUUUACAUUGCCAAAGCAAGUGAACUAGAUAAUAAACAAAAGUGAAAUAAACAAGACAAAAACAUGUACAGUAAACAAAACUCACAAAAGUUCCAAAAGAAUAAAGACAUUUCAAAUGUCAUAUUAUGUGUUGUAACUAUGUGCAAAUAGUUAAAGCUUUGUACUCCUCCCUCUCUCUGUCGCUCUACCAUCUCUCUCUGUCGCUCUACCAUCUCUCUCUGUCGCUCUACCAUCUCUCUCUGUCGCUCUACCAUCUCUCUCUGUCGCUCUACCAUCUCUCUCUGUCGCUCUACCAUCUCACUCUGUCACUCUACCAUCUCUCUCUCUCUCUCUACCAUCUCACUCUGUCACUCUACCAUCUCUUCUCUCUCUCUCUACCAUCUCUCUCUGUCGCUCUACCAUCUCUCUCUGUCACUCUACCAUCUCUCUCUCUCUCUCUACCAUCUCACUCUGUCACUCUACCAUCUCUUCUCUCUCUCUCUACCAUCUCACUCUGUCUCUCUACCAUCUCUCUCUGUCGCUCUACCAUCUCUCUCUGUCACUCUACCAUCUCUCUCUCUCUCUCUACCAUCUCACUCUGUCACUCUACCAUCUCUUCUCUCUCUCUCUCUCUACCAUCUCACUCUGUCUCUCUACCAUCUCUCUCUGUCUCUCUACCAUCUCUCUCUCUCUCUCUACCAUCUCUCUCUGUCACUCUACCAUCUCUUCUCUCUCUCUCUACCAUCUCACUCUGUCUCUCUACCAUCUCUCUCUGUCUCUCUACCAUCUCUCUCUCUCUCUCUACCAUCUCUCUCUGUCGCUCUACCAUCUCUUCUCUCAUACUAUCUCUUCUCUCUCCCUCUCUAGAUGGCAGUCUGUAUGCGGUAGGAGGGUAUGACAGCUCCUCACACCUAGCUACAGUGGAGAAAUAUGAACCACAGGUAAAAAAAACUCAACCAACAAAGAGAUCUCUAUCAAUAUGAACAUAAAGACAUAGGGCCAGUUUCCUGGACCCAGAUUAAGCCUAUAGAAGAAUCUCAACUGAGCAUGAUUUUCAGUAGCCUGGUAGAACCAACUUGAUCGCUGUGUUCACCAUCCUAUUAAAUACAAUGGUGAACGUAGCGAUUAGGCUGGUCCCACCAGGUUAUAUUUUUUGUCCAUUAGUAUGCUUAAUCUAGUUAAAACCGGCCCAUAAAGCUGAACUUCUGCCCAGAUCAAAAAGUAGAACCAACACUGAUAAAUCCCUCAACUGACCAUGUGACUCCGAACAACCCUCUAUGAUUGGUCGGAACAGAGCAACGCGUGGACGGCCAUCGCCAACAUGCUGAGCCGGCGCAGCAGUGCCGGGGUGGCUGUGCUGGAGGGCAUGCUCUAUGUUGCUGGGGGCAACGAUGGCACCAGCUGCCUGAACUCGGUGGAGCGGUUCAACCCCAAGACCAACGCCUGGGAGGGCGUGGCGCCCAUGAACAUCCGCAGGUGGGCAUCGCCAGCUGCGUCACAAUCGCUACCAACCACCUGUGGCUAUAACUGUAUUACCAGUGCAUAUAAAGAGCCUUCUAUCGCUCUUCAUACAUGCCUUUAUACAUACAUAAAGGCUGUGAAUGCAUUUAUAAUGCAUCCCCACAACUGCCUUUAAAGUGUUAUGUUGAUGCCAUUCUGUUAUAUAAGAGUAUUUGAAAGUAGUCUCAGAGUGUGAUGAGGUUUUCAUUACAGCCCUUACUCAGCUAAUGAUUAGGGUUUCUGGAGGACCUUGCACAAACAGUGGGCAUCAGAGACCGGGAUUGGGAGAUUUCAAUUGAAUUAGAGUCAAACAUGCACAUACACAGACACAAACAUGAACACAAUCACACACCCACAAGAUCACACACCCACACAGAGGGAAAUAGAUGGCGUCAACAGGAAAGGAAUUGACCAGGGAAACCUGAUGACAAUGGAUGCUCCAGUCCAUAAAUAAACCAUUGUUGUAAUCAGCAGUGUGUCUCAUAUUCAUCUAAAAACAGGCCCCAUCUAGUCACAGCAAGGUUGUAUUCACUAGAACCAAACGGAAGCAAACAGGCUGACACUGGGAGGGACCUAUCUGAAUUUGACCUGCCUUACUGAGUCUGCAUGUUAUGCUGCCCCCCUCUCCCAGGAGUACCCAUGACCUUGUGGCCAUGGACGGCUGGCUGUACGCAGUGGGCGGCAACGACGGCAGCUCCAGCCUCAACUCCAUUGAGAAGUACAACCCGCGCAGCAACAAGUGGGUGGCGGCAUCCUGCAUGUUCACGCGGCGCAGCAGUGUGGGCGUGGCCAUCCUGGAGCUGCUCAACUUCCCGCCGCCCUCGUCGCCCACUCUCUCCGUGUCCUCCACCAGCCUUUGA